GAGCAAGCCUUCCCCCUGCUGGAGGAGUCGCGUGACGCCUGCAGAUUAUCUAAGAGCUCGCGCACAGGAACAUAUACAGUCCGUCAUGAGUGCUGCUGUGAAUUUUAAAAAAUGCGGCUCUGUGCUGAUUACUGGAGCCAGCCGGGGCCUCGGGCUGCAGUUAGUGGACAGUCUGGCAAGUGGACAGUUUUCACCUGGAAAGAUAAUAGCCACGUGCAGAAACCCUGGUAACGCACAGGAACUUCAAGAACUGGCGGAGAAGCAUCCCAACAUCCACAUAAUCACUUUGGACGUAGUGAACCAGGAGAGCAUAGAGAAGUCUGUAGAAGAGGUGAGCAAGCUGGUGCAAGAAGAAGGUCUGAACUGCCUGAUCAACAAUGCGGGCAUCAAAGUGGAGGCCGACUUUCAUUCUGUUACCGCCGAGAUGAUGAUAGAAAACUUCCACACCAACACUGUGGCUCCUCUAAUGAUCACUAAGAGUGCACUAAACAUGGUUAGUCGCUGCAUGGCUGUAGACCUAGAGCCAGAUGGGAUUCUCUGUAUGGCUAUACACCCCGGCUGGGUACGCACUGACAUGGGGGGGUCAGAGGCUCCACUGAGUCCCGAGGACAGUAUUUCUUUCAUGUUGUCUGUGAUUGGAGGGCUAACUGAAAAGGACCAUGGCUCAUUUCUGAACUUUACAGGAGAGCAGAUACCUUGGUGAACUUGAUGUCCAUCAGUUAUGAGAAGGAUGACUGAGAAUUCUUAACUCAUCCUAAUGGUUAUUGCUUUUACUCUAACAAUGCAAGAAUGAAUGUAUCUACGGCUUUGAUUGUGCUGCAUUCCACUUUAUAG